UAAACGGGCUACUCAAUUUAAUCAAUGUGAUGUGAACUUGCCGCCGCUCGACGUAUUCACCUCACCUGAUCCCAUUGUUUCUGACCAAGAUAAUACUUUUAGCAUUUCCGGAACUGCCACAAGUGAUAUUACCGAGGCUACUGUUGGAAUCUAUGUUUACGGCAAUAACUACUUCCGGGACUACAAAGACGAUUUUUGUAAACUCUAUGAAUCAUGUCCCGUCAAGAACAAUACUAAGUUUGACUUCCAGUUUACGGUUAAGCCAGACAACUUGCCUGCAGAUUAUAUUAUCCUGGUCGGGCUAUUUGAUACCGAAGUAAUCACGUAUUGCGCUGACACGAUGCCGUCGUCGAAAUAA